AUGCAAUCGCUACUGCCUAGGACGACGACCCUCUUGGCAGCCGCAGAGGGCACCAUCUGGAUUCCGUGGCCACGUCUCUGGCUACCUCAACCAGGGUAUGGCGAGCCUUUUAGCUCUUCCAUAAUCAACCUCCUCGACAUUGGCGACAAAAUCCAUCUGAGUGCAACAUGCAAGUCGUACAGGAAUCAACUGCUGCCCGAAAAUUUCACUACAAUACGAUUCACCAGUGACGAGGUAUCCGAAGCAUCUGCAUUGGCUGCCGUCGAGGCUUACGGCCAGUACACAAAAGCAAUUGAAUUCACUUGUCAAUGCGACCAUCAAGAGAGUCCAGCGCCAACGGAACCAUCUCUGCCACCAACAGCUUGCGAGGUCUUGAAAGGUCUUUUGACACCAAACUUACACACAGUCAGACUCAAGUUUGAUUUUAACCUCGAUGAUGAUGAACCCGACGUCUAUGUUUAUUUUGACUUUGAGGAAAACGCCGACCAGGUUCGCUUUUAUGAAAGAUCAUACAAGUGGCGAGCGCUUAUGAAUGAGACUUGGGAGGCCCUUGUGACCAAUACUUCCAUGAGGGAGCUUAUCCUUAAUGAGCUGCCUCCAAAACAGACGUCUGCGUAUAGUACUGAUGUCUUUCGCCAAUUUCUUAGUCAACUCGAAUCUGCAACUUUUCACAUCUUUGGCGGGGAAGAUUAUGCAGGGUUGCGGCUUACUAUAACAUCAGGCGGUCAGGAUUUUUUCGAACGCUUGGAUGAUUCAUUUUUCCACCAUAUGAGGAGACUGAAGCAUUUGCAUAUCCAGGCUUCAGAUAUUAUCGGCAAUGACUACUAUAUCCCGUUUCCUUUAAAGUCCGAGAGCCUCCCUCUUUUACAAUCUCUUAAGCUGGAAAAUUUCUUCAUCAGCUCAGAGCUGGUUUCGUUUAUACAAGGCCAUGCUCAGGUCCUCAGAUCUCUCCACUUAAAUGAAUGCUUCAGCGACGAAUACCUAUCCUGGGCCGAGUUUUUUGAUCAAGUAUACAAAGCGAAGCCUUCGCUUGCCGAGCUAGUAUAUGGACACAACAAGGCACCGUUUAUGACAAAAGAAAUAGAGCGGUGGGUGCGUGACAAGUCAGUUCUUCAGCGUGUCCGCCAGAGGCUGAAAGCAUAUGCAACACUAAAUGUGUUUCGGCAAGGAGGUUUCGACCCAGAUGAAGGUAGACUGUAUUUUGAGGAAGAUAUAGACGUGAUGCGAUUUAACCAAGGCGAUGAUGAGAGGGCAUAUUUUCGUCUGAUGGAACUAGUCAAUGAUAAUAAGGCAGAGGCAAAGUUUGAUUCCAGAUAACUGCGACAUCUAGUCAACAACUUCAUAGGAUGAAGCCAGCUGUUUCCUUUUUUGCGUAUAUUUGUCGGAGUCGCUUAUGGCUGGUCAUUCGCAUUCUCACUGCCAACGUCGUCAUAUUUUCAAUUAAUUUGUAAUAUA